AUGACUUCAACUACCGCCCAGAAUGCGGUCGAUAUGGCCAUGAGCCACGAGCCCAAGGUCGCGACACCCAUGUACGAAGUCACUGAGAAGCAGGCGUUGUCUGGAAAGGAUGUCGCGUCAAGCACCGCUGGCAGCCAGCACCUCGCCCCUGUAGUCGAGUUCGAAGCCGACCUUGAGGGCGAAGAGCCAACCGAGGAAGAGCUGGCAACACUCCGUCGUGUAUCUGGAAAGAUUCCCUGGACUGCAUUUACCAUCGCCUUCGUCGAGUUGUGCGAGCGAUUCGGAUACUAUGGUUGUCAAGUGCUUUACACAAACUUCAUCCAACAGGACCUUCCUGUCAUCGAUGGUGUCGUGCAAAGCACCGGCCGCGACCCUCGAUCUGAUGGUCAACCCGGUGCCCUCGGCAUGGGGCAGCGCGCCUCCUUCGGUAUUGGCCAGUUCAACUCUUUCUGGUCCUACACCACGCCCAUCAUCGGCGCCAUCAUUGCCGACGAGUACCUUGGACGUUUCAACACCAUCUUCAUUGCCAUUGCAUUUUCCAUUCUCGGUCACAUUUUGCUCAUCGUUUCGGCGAUUCCCACAGUGUUGACCAGCGGCAAUGCGAUUGCGCCAUUCAUCCUGGGUGUUAUUCUACUCGGUUUCGGAACCGGUGCUUUCAAGGCCAACAUCAGUCCCUUGAUUGCGGAGCAAUACAGGCAGAGUAAGCCUAGGGUUAUUGUUGAGGCUAAGACAGGCGAGAGGGUUAUCACGGACCCCAACAUUACCAUUUCACGAAUCUUCUUGUACUUCUACAUGUUUAUCAACAUUGGAUCUCUCACUGGACAAAUCUCCAUGGUAUACGUGGAGAAACUGACCUCAUUCCAGGGCUUCUGGUGCGCAUGGUUGCUUCCUACCAUCAUGUUCUGCUUCUGCCCCAUCGUCCUCUGGUUCUGCAAGGGCAAAUACCAUCUCAACCCACCUACGGGCUCUGUCCUUAUCCGUGCUAUCAAGCUCCUCAAAUUGGCAUGCAAGGGCAAAUGGUCGCUUAACCCCGCUCAGACUCGCAAGAACUUCAAGAGCGAGCGCUUCUGGGAGGAUGUCAAGCCUAGCCAUCUCGGUGCCAGCAAGCCUCACUGGAUGCAGUUUGAUGACGCGUGGGUCGACCAGGUCGCUCGUGGUCUACGUGCUUGCUCUUGCUUCACAUGGAUCCCUCUGUACUGGCUGUCUUACAACCAGAUGAACAACAACCUGACUUCUCAGGCCGCCACCAUGGAGCGUAACGGUGUCCCCAACGACAUCAUCACCAACCUCAACCCCAUCUCCCUCGUCAUCUUCAUCCCCAUUGUCGACAACUUCCUGUACCCCGCGCUCCGCAAGGCCGGCAUCAAGUUCACGCCUAUCAAGCGUAUCGCGUUCGGUUUCCUGCUCGCCUCCCUCGCCAUGGUCGGUGCCGCCGUCAUCCAGCACUACAUCUACGCAACCGGCGAGUGCGGCAAGUACAUGAACUCGUGCGACAACUUCGCGCCCGUCAACGUGUGGACGCAAGCCGUUCCCUACGUGCUCGUCGGGUUCUCCGAGAUCUUCACAUCCAUCACCGGUCUGGAAUUCGCCUUCACCAAGGCCCCCAAGAACAUGCGAUCGCUUGUUACUUCGUACUGGCACUUCAUGUCUGCGUUUUCCAACGCGCUUGGCCAGGCGUUUGUCUCGCUAUCCGAGGACCCGUUGUUGGUGUGGAACUACACUACCGUUGCUAUUCUGGCGUUCAUUGGAGGUGUCUUGUUUUGGUUCCAUCAGCGCCCAACGGACAAGCAGGAGGACAGCCUCAACAUGCUUCCCGACUCCACGUAUAUGGGCAAGGACCGCAGGCACAGUGUUGCCGAGGAGAGUGCCAGGCAUGCUUAGGCGGUUGGCAAGAUGUGGGAUAUAUGGAUCGGUUGAAGGACCGAUGUGUACGACAUGGAGACGAGGCGAUGAUACCUACCUAAUUUGAUGAUAUAAAUCAU